GUGAAGCAGCGCUCAAUUUCUCCUGCUAUUUUAGCAGGGAAGGUUGGUAUUGGCGGCGGCAGCGCUUCCCUCCCAGUCCCUCUGGGUCGGGGCGAGGGCUCCCGCGGUGCGCUGCACCAGCUGGAGAGCAGCAGAGAGUCUGCCCUGGGCGCCUAGCAUCUGCUGGAGCUUCGCCGGCUGGAUCAUCUGCGGCUCCGCCCUGCCACUCCCCACCCUCUCCUCCUCCUGUCUUUCCGUGACUUCCUUGGCCCUACCGAGAGCCCCGAAGGGAAGAAAGCCAUCCACAAACUAAUUAACACAGCUCUCAGCAACAGCUUAGAUCUUCUCGACAGCCAGAAAGGCAAAUCGGCCUUCUAUGGAGAAGGCUGCAAGUCCGAGACACGACCAAGGUCACACAGCAGUCAGAACUUGAACUCGGUUAAGUAGGCUUCAGUGCCAAAGCCGAAGCUUCCUCACAAAGCCUCAGGAGUGCAAGCAGGUUUCCAGAACUGGAGAACUCUUGAUACCAACUUCUCCAUCUCCAAAGAGGGAUCCAGUUGAAUCUCAGCCUGUGGGCUGAGAGUUGCAGGAAACAGCCCGGAGAAACAGAGCUUCCCGGAUCCUCGGCACCCCUCCCUCUGACUCUCAUGCAGGGAGUGUGGCCGCCGCGCCCCUCCUCCUGGGCACCAGGCUCCCUCCAGCGGGUGGGGAAACCGCAGACCGCGCGGCCUCCCCAGGGCUGACGGGGCAGCGGUGGCAACGCGCCAGGCUUAGUCUGGAGCUGGACCAUGCAAGGCGGGGCCUCAUCCCUCCCACCUCUUCCCGGGCUGGCAAGGAGGGGCCGCAGGGGACAAGUCCCGGAGUGGUCGCUGCGCCUAGGCCAAUGAGCGCGCGGGGAGCCGCGAUGGAGCCUGGGGCGGCCGGAGCGCCCCGGACCCCCGCCGGUGUGGCCCCGAGCCCUCGGGGCAGGACAGGGGGCGGCAGAGUCCUGGUGCCCUGUGCGGGGCAUGGGGGUGUUGCUGGCUCACACCGGUGCCGGGAGCUGCGCCCCGCACUGCAACCGCCGCUGUGCCUCGAAGUUUGGUGGCUGAUUUGGAAAGUUGCGCCCGGGCUCCCAGCAUCACGGCCAGUUCUUCUCACUGUCGCCUUCUCUUCGGCGGGGUCCUGGCUCCACCAACACCCGUAGCUCCGCCUGUCCGGGGCAUGUGAGCCGCCGCCUCUGAAGCCGGGCGGGAGGCUCCGGCCUGGGCGCCUGCAGGCAGCGCUCGGCCUAAGGGUGCGCCCUGGUCCCAGCCAUGGGCAUCCAGGGUAUGGAGCUGUGCGCCAUGGCCGUGGUGGUGCUGCUGUUCAUUGCCGUCCUCAAGCAGUUCGGCAUCUUGGAACCCAUGUCCAUGGAAGACAGCAGUGACAGUGAACUGGAGCUGUCCACCGUGCGCCACCAGCCGGAGGGCUUGGACCAGCUGCAGGCCCUGACCAAGUUCACCAAGAAGGAGCUGCAGUCCCUUUACCGAGGCUUCAAGAAUGAGUGCCCCACGGGCCUGGUGGACGAAGACACCUUCAAACUCAUCUACUCACAGUUCUUCCCGCAGGGAGUCUGGCCCUUUCUCCCCCCAGACGCCACCACCUACGCACACUUCCUCUUCAACGCCUUCGAUGCGGACGGGAACGGGGCCAUCCACUUCGAGGACUUUGUGGUCGGGCUCUCCAUCCUGCUCCGAGGGACAGUCCAUGAGAAGCUCAAGUGGGCCUUCAAUCUCUACGACAUUAACAAGGAUGGCUACAUCACCAAAGAGGAGAUGCUGGCCAUCAUGAAAUCCAUCUACGACAUGAUGGGCCGCCACACCUACCCCAUCCUGCGGGAAGACGCACCCCUGGAGCAUGUGGAGAGGUUCUUCCAGAAAAUGGACAGGAACCAGGAUGGAGUGGUGACCAUUGACGAGUUUCUGGAGACCUGUCAGAAGGAUGAGAACAUCAUGAGCUCCAUGCAGCUGUUUGAGAACGUCAUCUAGGACAUAUGGGAGGGGACCCUGGGUGGUCACUGCUUCUCAGCCUGGAGAAGCCUCAAUCCUGCCUCAUAUGAGCAGCCUCUAUGAGAAACAUUUUUUUCUAAUAUAUUUGCAAAAACUGAGCAGUUUACUCCCAAGACAGACACACAGACACAGUCCCUCCAUUACACACACACACACACACACACACACACACACACACACACACACACACACACUUCCUCUGGCUUGGCAGAGGAGGUGACAGUCAGAAGGCACCCUCGGCUAUUCCCAGGUCAAUAGAUGAGGCUGCCUCUGGGGUGGCCAGCCCUGGAUGUUACCCAGAAGGAGCUCAGAGUCCAAGAGUGCCUGAUCUUUACAAAGCGAAGGUCCUUUGUGUCCUUUCUACCACUUGGGAGACCAGGCUACUCACUGCCCAUGGACCCAUGUCCCUAGGAAGUUCCCAGAAACCCUGCAGGGGCCAAGAGAGAAGAGGUCUGAGGAGGGGAGAAAUAAUGGUAGAAGCUGAACCUGUAGCUUCAUGCUAUGCUCGUCCGGGGUCCCGGAACCCCAGUGCCAGGCCACCUGUUGUGGGGUGAGCAUCGAUCGUGAGGGGCCACUGGGCUAUGUCCUUUAAGAGCAGGGCAGGAUCAAGAGUUUUGGAGAAGCUGGGGGAACAAUUUGUCCACACUAUUGGGUGAUGGACCAGACCAUCAACUGGCCCAUGGGAAUGUGAUGGGCAGAGGUCUCCCAACUCCCAGCACCAGGCUGGCCUCUCCAAGGUCCUCUUUUGGUUCUAGGGGGAGGUCACCUGGCUCAGGGACUGAUAACUAGGGAGCUGGACUGUAAUGGGAAAGGCCUGGUAGGGGGCAUCCCCCUCCUCUUCCCUGGCCACUUGCCACCCAGUUCCUUGGCACAGUGGAUCGGCCAUAGCUCUGUGGCGGCCCUUGAACAGGCUCAUCCCAACCCAUACAAAAAGCACAAACACCCUAGCAGAUCAGGCCAUGCCCACAAGGGGAAGCAGGUUGGGGGAGGCCUGGGUCCCCGCAGCCCUGACUCAGUGGCCUGAGGAAGAUGCUCGGAAUCCAUCCUGUGCCUCGAAGCCUUGGGGUCUCACAGCUCUUUCCCAGCCUGGCUCGCCAACGUUCUAAAGCACAAACCCCGAGGACCGUGCUUGCCUGGGCUGCACCCCGGGGAUGGGAGCCCCCGUCAGCUCUAAGCUGAAGCUAGCCAUAAGGGAUGGGGACCUGUGACCAGGCAGCAGGUCCACAGGCCCUCGGGAGGAGAGCUUCUCCUGCCUGCCCAGGCCUCCCCCAUAAGGGACCAUGUCCCAGGUAGCAUGUUCCCCAAUGGAACAUUCCCAAAAAUACAUUCCAUCAGCUGUAGCCCAGUCUCUGCUCAGGCCCAGCCCUGAGAGUCCGUGGGUGUUCCCCCAGAAGGCCAGCCCCAGGAUAAGGGAGGUCCUUAGAGGAAAGGCAGGGUGACAGUGGCCCCCAUACACAGGUGGACCCCCAUCUCAGGGCUGCACUGACCCCAUAUCCAUCCUGACUGGGGGCCCCCAUCACCCCAUCUAGAGACCAUCAGCUUUCCCUGGCUCAGGGACCUCCCCUACCCCAGCCUGGCCCUUCCCAACGGGGUUCCUGUGCUUGUGAGAAGCCAAGGCCACAGGAGAAGGUUACCACUCUAACUGACCCCACCUCCUAGCCUCUGGCUGCACGCCCAACUAGGAGGGGUCUGUCCCCCUGGCAGGGACAUAGACUGGCCGCAUGUCUGCAUGGCAGAAGUGUCUCCCUUGGGUGCAGCCUGGGAGAGUGGUUCCUGUCUCAGCGCCCACCAAUAUCCAGUCCUAUAUAUUUUAAUAAAAUAAACUUGAUAAAGGAGA